CCUCAUUCGCAUGGGUGGUGGAAUUUGGUGAUAAGAACAGAAGGUCGGGAUCAUCAAAUUAAAGUGUAGAAAGCACGGAAAUCAUUUAUUAAAGUGGCUCCAGAGGUGAAUGCAACUGUCGCCAUGGAGCUGAAAAUUGUCUUUCUUUUUCUUUUGAUUGCUUUCGCCUACGGCGAACAAGAGUUAGAGGUUGAAGAGGACGAAUGCGGUGACGAGAAAGCAGGUGAAUGUAUAAAAAACCUUCUUCUUGCUGUUUUGAGCGAUGAAAGCGAUGAAGAAAUUUGUAGAGUUCUGAAGGAAACAUCACAAUGCCUCGAUGAAACUGCUGACGAAUGCUUUGGCGAAAACAUCGAUAAAGAAUUAGAGGAUGGAUUGCGAGAGCUCAGGCAAAUUACUGCAACUAACUGCCCUCGAACUGAAGGUGAAAUACCCGAUGAAAUCGAACAAUGUGUAACGGGUCUUGAAGAUGAGUUGAUUGAAUGUGUCUCUGACAGCGUUGCAGAUGCUCUGAAUAAUAUUAUUCAGUUGCCAGGUGAUGAGGAACCAGACGAGAAUGAAAUCAAAUGCUCGAUGUACGAAUCCGUGUCCAGAUGUGUGGUGAAAAAGGUUGAAGACAGCUGUGGUAAAGAAGCCGCCCAACUUGCUCUGGCAGAAAUGACCGAUGCUCCUGAGGAGAUUAAGGAGAGUUGCAAAUUGCCUUCUACCAGAGAUGCUCUGAAAGGACUCAUGUACGACAUUGCCAAAAAGAGGAAGAAGUAAGCAAUGGCAGUGCUUUGGUUUGCUUUAUUUUAAGCAUAUUGAAUUGUCCAAUACGGUCUGAAUUUUAUUUGUAAUUCUUCAUCAAAAAAUGCUCUUUCUUGACUGAAUUUCUUUUCUAAUGAUAAUAAAAGUCAAUACUGAUUUUA